CGGUACCGUUUUACAACACUGAGCCUAAGCGCUCACUUACCCUAAUAAACAACCACAGCAAUCGCUUUCCGCUCUUUACUCCCCGAGUUCCCAAUUUCCUACAAACGCUUAAAAAUCCGCUGUCAAAGAAAAAGAAUCUGAGUGAGAGACAAAAUCAUCAAAAAUGGCGAUCAAGCAGCUUCUCUCUCUAGCUCGCCGUUCCCACAAGCCUUCUUCUUCUUUCACCAUCGCUCGAUCGUCUUCUUCCGCCGCCUCUCCACUCGCCGCCACCGCCACUGCCGAAUCUAAAGAGCUCUCCCCUCCUCCACCAACCGCCAUGAUCUACGACCGCUUAGCCCUUUCCGUUAAAUCAAAGCUCCAAACACUCGAAAAUACAGAUCCACGUUUCGUCAAAUACGGUUCCCCUCACCCAACCGUAACUUCCCACACCCACAUUCUAUCUUCCCCCGAAACCAAAAUCACAACUUUGGCCAACGGCCUUCGUGUCGCCACUGAAUCUACUCUAUCUUCCCACACGGCCACGGUUGGGGUCUGGAUCGAUGCAGGGUCGAGAUUUGAGACCGAGGAGACGAAUGGGACGGCGCAUUUCUUGGAGCAUAUGAUAUUUAAAGGGACGGAGAAGAGGUCUGCGAGGGAAUUGGAAGAAGAGAUUGAGAAUAUGGGAGGGCAUUUGAAUGCUUAUACUUCGAGAGAACAGACAACUUAUUACGCGAAAGUUAUGGAUAAGGAUGUCUUUAAAGCGUUGGAUAUAUUGGCUGAUAUUUUGCAGAAUUCGAAGUUUGAGGAACAUAGAAUUAGUAGGGAAAGGGAUGUGAUUCUAAGGGAAAUGGAGGAGGUUGAGGGUCAAACAGAGGAAGUUAUUUUCGACCAUUUGCAUUCAACUGCUUUCCAAUACACUCCUCUUGGUAGAACUAUUCUGGGACCUGCUGAUAAUAUUAAGACAAUCACCAAAGAGCAUCUUCAGAACUAUAUUCAGACACAUUACACUGCUCCUAGAAUGGUGAUUGCUGCAUCUGGAGCUGUUAAGCAUGAGGAAAUUGUUGAGCAAGCAAAGAAGUUGUUUACCAAGUUGUCAGCUGAUCCAAUCACUGCUACUCAGUUAGUUGCAAAAGAACCAGCCACUUUUACUGGUUCUGAGGUUAGAAUGAUCAAUGAUGAUGCUCCUCUAGCUCAAUUUGCGGUUGCUUUUGAGGGAGCAUCUUGGACAGAUCCAGAUUCCAUUGCACUAAUGGUUAUGCAGGCGAUGUUGGGUUCAUGGAGCAAAAAUAUUGGGGGUGGAAAACACAUGGGCUCUGAGCUGGCACAAAGAGUUGGCAUCAAUGAAAUUGCAGAAAGCAUGAUGGCUUUCAACACCAACUAUAAAGAUACUGGUCUUUUCGGUGUCUAUGCUGUUGCCAAGCCUGAUUGUUUGGAUGACUUGGCAUAUGCUAUUAUGUAUGAGACAACCAAGCUAGCUUAUCGUGUUUCAGAAGCUGAUGUGAUUCGUGCUUGUAAUCAGUUAAAGUCAUCCUUGAUGCUUCACAUCGAUGGAACUAGUCCGGUUGCUGAAGAUAUUGGGCGCCAGCUACUUACAUACGGUAGGAGAAUCCCAUUUGCUGAAUUAUUUGCUAGGAUUGAUGCUGUUGACCCAAGCACCAUUAAACGAGUAGCAAACCGAUUUAUUUAUGACAAGGAUAUCGCAAUUGCCGCCAUGGGCCCCAUCCAGGGUUUGCCCGACUACAACUGGUUCAGACGCAGGACCUACUGGAACCGUUAUUAGGUUAUUUUACUCUACUUUGUCAAUGGAUCAUCACCUUGCUUAGGCAAUCACAAAAACUUUUUGGCACUUUUACACAACCAAAGUUUCUGGAAACACCCAAGGUUUUCAUUUCUAUUCAUUUUGUAGGGUUCUUGGUUCUGUAUCUUUAUUGUUAUUCUGCAAUAAGCAGGCUGUCUGCAGUGUCUCUGCUGAUAAUCACCAGAAAUUAUUUUGUUAAAUGAUGCCGAUAAUGUUAAUAAUGUUGAGUUGCAUUUGUAUCUUUGGAUCUUAGCUCUAAAUGGUAUUUAUGUUUGAGCUGAAAACACCGGGUGUCACUUAACAAAAUUAUAAUCAUUAAUUCUAUAGUUAAAAUUUCCA